UGAGUUUUACACGUUGUUGAUUGUUCUAUCCGCUGUGUUUAUUCUAUGAGUAUUCAUUGGAGGAUUUGGCCUAACUUACUGGUGUCUGGGACGCCAAUUGAAACUGGAAGAUGCACAGCACGCAGUGGGUUAGCUUCAUUACCGCUGUGGUUAUCGCAUCUUGGUAUGGGUUCGCAUCAGUUACAGCAUUUAGUUGCAGCUUCGGGAGGGAACCGAACCCCAAGGAGAACGGCAUUAUACGAUGGGCCAUGCCGUUAAAUCACCGCCUUCGAUGCCAGUGUACCAGCAUCUACCCUGGGGGCAUGAACACGUAUACACCCGACAGAGGGUUUGAUCCGUUUUACACCGAUCACCCUCUCUUCACAGACCUAAAGAUAGAAAUUGACAACUACUUCGAGUGUGAAAAUUGUUCACUAACAUGUGAAAACGGAGGUUUAUUCAUAGACGAUCCAUGCCAUUGUUCGUGUGCUCAAAACUGGACCGGCAAAACAUGUACUAAGUGUGCCUUGACUACCCAAGACUGUGCCAAUGACGGUUCGCUCAAUUACGCAACCUGCACGUGUGAUUGCCAAAUGAAUUGGAAGGGAAACACCUGUACUGAGUGUGCAAUGAAUGGCUGUGGGAAUUAUGGUGUCUUCGAUGAAGUAUCCUGCACGUGUAGAUGCCAGGAACGCUGGAUUGGAAAGACCUGCGAUGGUUGGACUAACACACCUCUCGAGCCCAGAUACUACGACUGCCAAGACUAUCUCACCGCUCAUACUAAAAGUGAGGACGGUGUCUACACUAUUUACCCAUUGAAGUAUCCAGGAGGCCUUCAGGUACUCUGCGACAUGACAGCAUUUACAGGAUCGAUUGUAAGUUUCUCUUAUAUCAACGGUUCGUCAAUGAGAAAAGUGUUUUAA